CAGAGAAGGCAGAAAAGCCCUCUGUGGCGAGCUGGUAUAGAUCACCCUUUGGAAGAGGCUGUGCUAAACCGUGAAAUCUUCACUUCCUCUGUUCACGGCAAGUUCCCAACCACAAGUGCCAAAGGCAGAGAAGCAGGCAGCACGAGACCUGACCCUGGCAGCCACAGCCGGAGCACCAGCCAAGCCAUGUACCUUGAGGUUAGUGAACGUCAAGUGCUAGAUGCCUCGGACUUUGCCUUUCUUCUGGAAAACAGCACCUCUCCCUACGAUUAUGGGGAAAACGAGAGCGACUUCUCUGACUCCCCGCCCUGCCCACAGGACUUCAGCCUGAACUUUGACAGAACCUUCCUGCCAGCCCUCUACAGCCUCCUCUUCUUGCUGGGGCUGCUAGGCAACGGGGCGGUGGCUGCUGUGCUAUUGAGCCAACGCACUGCCCUGAGCAGCACGGACACCUUCCUGCUCCACCUGGCUGUGGCUGAUGUACUGCUGGUGUUAACCCUCCCCUUGUGGGCAGUGGAUGCUGCUGUCCAGUGGGUUUUCGGCUCUGGCCUCUGCAAAGUGGCAGGCGCACUGUUCAACAUCAAUUUCUAUGCAGGGGCCUUCCUGCUGGCCUGUAUAAGCUUCGACCGCUAUCUGAGUAUAGUGCAUGCCACCCAGAUCUACCGCAGGGACCCCUGGGUACGUGUAGCCCUCACCUGCAUAGUUGUAUGGGGUCUCUGUCUGCUCUUUGCCCUCCCAGAUUUCAUCUUCCUGUCAGCCAGCCAUGAUCAGCGCCUCAAUGCCAACCAUUGCCAGUACAACUUCCCACAGGUGGGUCGCACUGCUCUGCGUGUACUGCAGCUAGUGGCUGGUUUCCUGCUGCCCCUUCUAGUCAUGGCCUACUGCUAUGCCCAUAUCCUGGCUGUGCUGCUGGUCUCCAGAGGCCAGAGGCGUUUUCGAGCUAUGAGGCUAGUGGUAGUGGUGGUGGUGGCCUUUGCUGUCUGUUGGACCCCCUAUCAUCUGGUGGUGCUAGUGGAUAUCCUCAUGGACCUGGGAGUUUUGGCCCGCAACUGUAGUCGAGAAAGCCACGUGGAUGUGGCCAAGUCAGUCACCUCAGGCAUGGGCUACAUGCACUGCUGCCUCAAUCCACUGCUCUAUGCCUUUGUGGGAGUGAAGUUCAGAGAACAAAUGUGGAUGUUGCUCAUGCGCCUGGGCCGCUCUGACCAGAGAGGGCCCCAGCGUCAGCCUUCAUCUUCACGAAGAGAAUCAUCCUGGUCCGAGACAACUGAGGCCUCUUACUUGGGCUUAUAAUUCUGGAAUGGAACUGUAGCCUGUGCAACCCAAGUCCUAACACACUCCAGGCUCUUGUCCUCCUUGUAGUUGGACUAGCUCGAACUUACCCAUAACUUUGCUGCCGGGACGCACUGACAGCUCAGCGUAUUUCCAGGUGUCCUGAGAACCACUCUUAGCUCCAAGGAUGGCACCAUUACUGUGCCUUACCUGCCAUGCCCUAUGUUGCUGUUUUAGAACUAGCUGCCUGGAGCCCUACCACCCUUCUAAAUUAGCAAGUAGAAGUCGCCGUCCCUGUGUGAGAAGAGGAAGAGGUAAAUAGCAUAUAGAGCCAAGGCCUUCCUCAGCACUGAAGGUGCCUAUAGUCUCCAGUAUUUGCUCAAUUUUAUGUCUAGAAACCCUGCAUAAACUUUCAAUAAACAAGGUAAUAAGGA